AUGACAAAGGAUUUCACAGUUCCACCGGUAGUUUUCCCCUCCGGCGGAUCUCCGGCCAUAACAAAUGUCCAGCAACGCCGAGCCCCAACAGCUCCUUACCAACCGCCUCGUCCUUCCGGUUCAUCCUCCAUCCCAUUCAUGUCGUUUGACAUCGGAUCCACCGCUGCAGCAUCCUCCGCGACGCAGGCCGGACCAUUCGGCGGAACAAUCGCUUCCUCUUCAUCUUUCGGCGGAGGAAGCUCCGCUUCGUUCGAAGACGAGGAGCCGUUACUCGACGAACUCGGUAUCCACCCGGAUCAAAUCUGGAGGAAAACCAGGUCGAUUCUCAAUCCUUUCCGAAUCAAUCAGACUGUUCACAAGGAUUCAGAUCUCUCUGGCCCGAUCUUCCUCUACCUCGCGCUUUGCUUGUUUCAAUUGCUCGCUGGGAAGAUCCAAUUCGGUGUGAUACUCGGCUGGGUCGUUGUUUCCUCUAUCUUCUUGUACAUCGUCUAUAACAUGCUUGCUGGUCGAAACGGGAAUCUUAAUCUUCAUACUUGUACGAGCUUAGUUGGUUACUCUCUGCUUCCCGUUGUGAUUCUAUCGGCGGUGUCGUUGUUCGUGCCGCAAGGUGCUGGUCCGGCGAGGUUCGUGCUCGCUGCGGCGUUCGUGUUGUGGGCUACUAGAGCUUGCUCUAAUCUUGUGGUGUCUUUGGCUGAUGGAGGAGAUGAGCACCGUGGAUUGAUUUCGUACGCAUGUUUCUUGAUCUAUACUCUCUUCUCGCUUCUCGUUAUAUUUUGA